UGCAGGAUGUCUGCAUGGGUCUGGUCAGAGAAGCACAUCAGACAGCUCUAGUGCUGAGAAGGGUAGGGAGUAUCUGGAAGGAAGACAGAGUCCUCCAGGUCAGAGGAGAGAGGAGUUUCAAGUUUAUAUAGAGGACAGUUAUUCUGAGUGACAGCCCUUGCACGCGCUUCUGAGUGGUUAUCAUGGGCUUCAUUGCCUUUCUGAAGACCCAGUUCAUAGUUCACCUCCUCAUUGGGUUCGUCUUUGUUGUGAGUGGACUGAUCAUUAACUUCAUUCAACUAUGCACGCUAGUCCUCUGGCCCAUAAACAAGCAGUUUUAUCGCCGAGUAAACUGUCGCCUUGCCUAUUCGCUUUGGAGCCAGUUGGUAAUGCUGCUGGAAUGGUGGUCAGGCACAGAGUGCACCUUGUUCUCAGACGAGGCCACGGUGAACACCUUUGGGAAAGAACACGUCAUCAUCAUCUUGAAUCACAACUUUGAAAUUGACUUCUUGUGCGGCUGGACUAUGACAGAGCGCUUCGGAGUGCUAGGGAGUUCCAAAGUUCUUGCUAAGAGAGAGCUACUAUAUGUGCCCCUAAUUGGCUGGACGUGGUACUUCCUUGAGAUUGUUUUCUGCAAAAGGAAGUGGGAAGAAGACAGAGAUACGGUUAUUGAAGGACUAAAACGUUUGGCUGAUUAUCCUGAAUAUAUGUGGUUUCUCCUGUACUGUGAAGGAACUCGUUUUACAGAGACCAAGCAUCGUAUCAGUAUGGAGGUAGCUGAAUCCAAGGGGUUGCCUAAACUGAAAUACCACCUGCUGCCCAGAACCAAAGGUUUCACCACUGCUGUCCAGUGUCUCAGGGGAACAGUUUCAGCAGUGUACGAUGUAACACUAAAUUUCAGAGGAAACAAGAACCCGUCUUUAUUAGGAAUUCUUUAUGGAAAGAAAUAUGAAGCAGAUAUGUGUGUAAGGAGAUUUCCUCUGGAAGAUAUCCCUCAAGAUGAAAAGGAAGCUGCAAACUGGCUUCAUAAGCUUUACCAGGAAAAGGAUGCUUUGCAAGAGAUGUAUAAUCAGGAAGGCAUAUUUCCUGGCCAGCAGUUUAAACCUCCUAGAAGACCGUGGACUCUCCUAAACUUUCUUUUUUGGGCCACCGUUCUCCUCUCUCCUCUCUUCACAUUUGGCUUUGGAGUUUUUGCAAGUGGAUCACCUCUCCUUAUCCUUGCAUUCCUGGGACUUGUUGGAGCAGCUUCCUUUGGAGUUCGUAGACUGAUAGGAGUAACUGAAAUAGAGAAAGGCUCCAGCUAUGGCAACCAAGAAUUCAAGAAAAAGGAAUAAUUGGCAGCUGCAGUUCAACACAUAUAACCAGACUAUGGUAUCCGAUUAACUUCAGUUAAAAAACAACAACAAACACUUAGAAACUAUCUUUUUCUUAAUAACUGAUGACUAAUAUUAAUGAAUAAAACUUGAGCCAAGAAUGAAGAAGUUGGAGGCAUCAACUGAAGAGAACGCAUCAACUUUCUGCCUGUUUAAGGAUUACUGUAGUCAAACUAUGGGAGAAAAUCCGGGGUGGGGUGGAAGAAGAAGCUAAUAUUUCUCGCUUUGUUGGGGGACUUGGGGGUGGGGGGAGGAAAAGAGGGCAUUGGCUGUGGCCACGUGCAUCUUCAGAUGACUGAAUACACUGGUUUCUGUCAAGAGCACUACACUCACUUUUACAACAGGAGCCAUUGAAUGUUUCCUCUUGCUAAAGCCAACGUAAUGUUUGUUGAUUUCCAACUUUUUUUUAUUGAUGAGCCAGGACAAAACAACCCUUCUUAAAUUAAUUGACAGAUGUUCAUUGGGUUAGAAUCAUUUUGGAAAGGCUGUGUUGUCAUGGCUACAGAUGAAAUUCUGUUUGUAUGUUACACUGAUACUUUUUAUUUUCAGGCAACGUCUUAAAACUUCUGUAAUGCGAGAGAACGGAUAGUGGAGUUUGGAAGCAGGGCGUUACUGAUCAGCGCAUACCGUAGAACAGAUCCACUAGUAUUAAAACAGUAUAGAAUUCUCACCAUAUCUCCUGCUAACUGCUCAAGGCUGUUUAAUUUCGAGGUAUUACUUCAGUCUUGAGUGUUGUUUGCCCUGUUUCACAUCGUACGUGUAUGAUAAUCUUGACUCUGUUCGGGCUUGUUUUGUUUUCUGAAUUAAUGGUGACCGUGGGAUUUGGAGUCGUGCAAAGAAGGAAAUUUAUUCAAUUGUCCUGACGUUUUCUCCUUUUAUUUCUGUUCGCAUCUCUCAUCGCCAAAGUCCAGUUCAGCCAACCUCUCUCAGUAAACGGGAAGCAGCAGCAGAAAUCAGCACAAUAGUUUUCAAAAUGUCGUCUUUUACAGAAAUUUGAAAAGGAGAGGUCUGUAGCAAUCAGAUUUCAAAUACUGCCAUCUCUUGAACUUUUAAUGAGAGUUUUUUGACAUGGAUUCAAAUGGGGCCAGGAUCUUACCCUGUGUGCUGUAAUGAUAGCGUGUGCUGCACUUCCUGCUUGGUCGUGCUUUAGAUGUUAAUGUGAAGUAUAUUGCAAGGUGAGCUGUGGUGUUAAGCGUUAGAAAGAGUAUGGGGUCUCUUCAGGGAUUUUAAAUAUCUUCAGUUUUGCUUGUGGACCUUUGGGUUUUUUCAUUGAAAAUCGGAGAUCGGAAUCAUGGCUGUACCUGUCUUUUUUUUUUUUCUUCUUUUUUUCCCCUUUUUUCUUUUUUACAAACGCACAUUCUGAGAUUUUUGUAGAUUGCUGCUGUAUGCGUAGCUGGAGAAUUAUUUGCAAACAGAUGGGAACUACCUGUAUGUUCAAGUCUGAAGGCCACAAUCUGCAUUUGGCUGUGCUCAGAAGUUGGUGAAAUGGAUUGCAGAUCUACAGCUGAGGGCAGAAGCUGACCCUCGGGGUCUGUAUUUUUAACCCAGCUGCCACUGGUUAUUUAUCUCACUUUUGUAAAGAGCAGAUCUUAUCAAAGCAUUGGUUGUUAUUUUCAUCUUUGCUUUAGUAACCAAGAUAAGAGAGUAAUAAUUUACCUUCUUUUCGUAUUUACUCUAACUGUUGGAAUGUAACCUCUUCUCCCACAGGUUUUUCUGUUUUCAAACACUGGAAGAGCAAUUUUGUAACUUAGAAAAAUAUUUUACUUGGGGUCAUUAAUCACUGUUCUGUCAUGCACUUGAUUUUUAUUUGUGGUCUUUUCAACAAGAGGAUUUGAAGGAUGACCUAUGUUGUCUGUCUCCUGUUAGACUCAUCCUCACUGAAUCAUUGUACCCGUAGCCCCAGCGUUAGUAUGUCAUCUUUGUCCCCUAAUAAAUCUUCCCUAAGAUAGGGGAUGCAAAA